AUGCUGACUUUCUCCAGUGAUGUGGUACAGAGCAUCUGUUUUCUCUUCCGGACCGGAGUGGGGGUCAUGAGAAACUCCCUCCUCAUCACUCUCCACGUUUCCACAAUCCUCCUGGAGCCCAGGCCGAAGCCAACGGACCUGGAUAUCAUUCACCUGGCCCUGGUACACACUGCGAUGCUCCUUACCAGAGUGGUUACUGUGUCAGCAUCAGCGCAGAGUCUGCGGCUCCUGAAGACAGACAUCGGAUGUCCCUCCAUCUGCACCACCGGCCCCGUGAGUACGGUCAUCAGCGCCAGUUCCUCUCUCUGGGCACAGUUCAAAACCAGGGUCAGAAAUAAUAUCCUCCCAACCUUUAUCCUCUUGUGGCUCAAGUCUAUUGUGGACAUCAACGUCCUGUUCAACACUGCCGCAUCUUCCAACGUGACCAGCCACGAGACCAGAUUCAGUGAUGGCUACUGUUCCGUCAAGCUCGUCAGCAGCCUCAUAGUCGUGUCCUUGGGAAUCAUGGGACGCUCCAGUGGCUACAUGGUCCGCUUCCUCUUCCGACACAGCCAGAAGGUCCAGCAUCUACACGGCCAGCGCCCACCUCCUUGGAAAUCCCAGGAGACGAGAGCAACCCUGGCCAUCUUGUUGCUGGUCAGUUGCUUUGGGGCCUUCUACUGCAUGGACUUCAUACUAUCACUGUUUCUUGGAAGUUCCCUCAGGAACAACAUCACCCUCCUGAAUGCGAAUAUGUUUGUGGUCAACGGUUAUGCCACUCGUGGCCGCAUUGUGGAGCUCGGCGGCCAGGCGGGCUCGGAGCUGUCGCCCGCGGAGCGCUAG